CCAGUGCUGGCCUUCUUUGUUUGGGCUUGUUGUGCAAAGACACGUACCCCAGUCCCCUCCCACCCACACACACACACACACACACACGUCUUCCACUCCAUAACCAUCAACCAUCAUCAUCGUCCACGCAAGAAAGAACAACACACACACACUUGAAGUCGCUUUCGACAAAACCAACCCCCUGCCCUUAUCCUCAUCUGCUGGCAACCAGCACACAACCGCACGCACCAGAACACACUUGUCCUCAAACUUCACCACAACAAAGCAACACCUGCAGCCAUGUCGCUGACAGAGGAGCAGGCCGCGCAGCUGCUCGACUUUGAGCAGGCGAGCAUCGACGUCUCGGUGCUGGACACCAUUGUGCGCUUCUUCUACGAGUCCAGGCCCGGGUGCCCAGAGCAGAAGAUGGCCGAACAGAUUAUGAAGCAGUUCCAGGAGCACCCCGACGCGUGGAUGCGGGCCUCUCAGAUCCUGCAAGAAUCACAGUACCCGAGCACCAAGUACUUUGCUCUCAACAUCCUCAAGGACGUGAUUCGGACGAAGUGGAAACUGCUUCCAGAGGAACAAACAGAGGGCAUCCGCAACUUCAUCGUGUCCAUGACCAUUGAGGCUUCCAAGGACUUUGAGAGCUUGCAAGAGAACCGAGUGCUCCUCUCCAAGCUCAACGCAGUCCUCGUGCAGAUUCUGAAGCAGCAGUGGCCGCAGCAAUGGCCGUCCUUCAUCACAGAUAUUGUCGGCGCAUCCCGCACCAGCGAACCCCUUUGCCAAAAUAACCUGGAGAUUCUCAAGCUCCUGAGCGAGGAGAUUUUCGACUACUCCAAAGGUCAGAUUGUGCAGGUGAAGGCGCAACAUCUCAAGGACGCGCUGUGCCAGGAGUUUGGGCCCAUUUAUGAGCUGUGUGAAUUUGUUCUCGAAAAUGCCGGCGAGCCAACCCUCAUCAACCAAGCCUUGCAGACGAUGUUGCGGUUCCUGAGCUGGAUCCCCAUUGGCUACGUCUUUGAGACAAACCUCAUCAACCUGCUCGUCACGCGGUUUUUGAAUGUGCCCAUUUUCCGCAACUCGACGCUGGAAUGCCUGGCUGAAAUUGCUGCGCUUCCUGGUGACGCUGUUGCGGACAUUCCCAUGGACGACCUGCAAAGCAUCCAGGCCAAGCAGCUGCAGCUGCUGCAGGGCGCCCUCAAGCAACUUGUCGAGAUGCUGCCGCCUUCGACGGAUGUGGCUGGCAUGUGGCACACGGCGUCAAUGGAGGAGCAAGGCUUUAUUCGCAUGCUCGCCCUGUUUCUCACGUCGUGGCUGAAGCAGCAUGGGCAACUGCUGGAGGCCGACCCAUCCCUUCGUGAGACGCAUGACAUCUGCAUGAACUACGCCCUCAUGAUCUCCACCGUCGCAGACAAGGAGCUCUUCAAGAUUAUGCUCGAGUACUGGUCCACCCUCGCAGGCAGCCUCUACUCUGAAGCGACUGCUUGCGGCACGGGCAUGUUCACCCCGAACCACGAGCCCAAGUACCGCUACGACCUCUACCAUGACCUUCUGUCAACGGUGCGGAGCGUCAUCAUCAGCCAGAUGCCCAAGCCAGAGGAGGUCUUGAUUGUGGAGGUGGACGGUGAGCCCGUUCGCGAGUUUGCCAAGGACACCGACACCAUUGAGCUCUACAAGGCCGUCCGCAUCACCCUUGUGUAUCUGACGCAUCUUGAUCCGUACGACACGAACCGCAUCAUGCGGGACAUGCUCGCACGGAUCGUUGACGGCUCGCAGUACUCUUGGCACAACCUCAACACGUUGUGCUGGGCCAUUGGCUCCAUCAGCGGCACGAUGAGCGUGGACGAUGAGAAGAAGUUUUUGGUGCAGGUGAUUCGCGAGCUGCUUGGUCUGUGCGAGGCGCGCCGUGGCAAGAACCACAAGGCCGUCAUUGCCGCCAACAUCAUGUACGUCGUUGGCCAGUACCCGCGCUUCCUCAGGAUGCACUGGAAGUUCCUCAAGACGGUCGUCAACAAGCUCUUCGAAUUCAUGCACGAGGAACACGAUGGCGUGCAGGACAUGGCGUGCGACACGUUCAUCAAGAUUGCGACCAAGUGCAAGCAGAUGUUUGUGAUGCAACAGCUGGGCGAGACCAAGCCGUUUGUUAUUGAGAUUAUCGACAACAUGGGCCGCACGACGCAGGACCUGACGCAGCAGCAGAUUCAGACUUUUUUCAAGGCGGUUGGCCACAUGAUCUCUGCACAGACAGACCCGGAGCAGCAGACUGCCCUUGUGCAGCACCUCAUGGCUCUGCCAAACUCCAUGUGGUCCCGUACCAUGCAGGCCGUGCAGGAGCAACCCGACCAGCUGAUGGAUCAGGCGACGCUGAAGCAGCUUGUGCACUUUUUCCGCUGCAACUAUGCGGUUGCCUCGACCGUGAGCGCGGCGUUCAUGGUGCAGCUGCAGCACAUCUUCAACGACUCGAUGCUCCUCUACCGCACCAUGUCCCAGCACAUAUCCUCGGCCAUCGCCCAAAGCGGGGAGAGCGUGACGAAGCAGCCGCUUGUGCGGACGAUGCGGGCUGUUCGCCGCGACAUUUUGCGCGUGCUUGAGGUGCUGUACCAGCGCGCGGACACAUCGCAGGAGGAGCUGGAGGCGCUGACACCCACGCUGCUGGAGCACGUGCUCAGCGACUACAGCGAAACCGUGCCCCAGAGCAGAGAGAGCACCGUCCUCAGUGUGGUUGCGGAGUGCGUUUCGCGCCUGGGCCAGAGCCUCCUCCCAGCGAUGGGCGACAUCUUCCAGCACUUGUUUGAGCCAACCGUCGACAUGAUCAAGGAGGACUUUGAGACGUUCCCCGAAUUUAGGAGGCCGUUCUUUGCGUGGCUGGGUGCUGUGGUCAACUGCACGACGGAUGUGUUUUCGGACCUGUCACCGGAGCAGUUUAAGACGGUACUUGACGCCAUCAUCUGGGGCUGCCGUCAUCCCCAACGCGACGUCGCAGAGUGCUCGCUGAAGGUGCUCCGGAACCUGAUGACGGCGGCGGGUAGCGCCACGUUCAAGCAGCUCUUCUUCCAGAACUUCUUCCUUGAGGUGCUCCAGCAGAUUCUCCUCAUCGCCACAGACCCCCAAUACGCAGCAAAUAUGGUGCAGCAUACGGCGCUGCUGUCGCAGAUGUUCUUCUUGGUCGAGAACGGCACCAUCGAUGUGCCUUUGCAAGAGGGCCAGACGUCGGCAAAUGUGGACGUCGUGCGCUCGUUUGUUGGCUCGCUGCUCAAGGAGAACUUCCCUCACUUUGCCGACGAACAAGUGUCUGUGAUUGUUGACGGCUUCUUUGCGUAUGACCAGAGCCCCGGCGAGUUCAAGAACCACCUGCGCGACCUCAUUGUCCAGGCCAAGGAAAUGGCCAGCGGUGAUUUGGGCGACCUUUUCCUCACGGAGCGCGCCGACCAGCUCAAGGAGGCACAAGAGCGCAAGAUGAAGCGGCUUGCAGCCAUUCCCGGCAUGCUCAACCCGCACUCCGAUGUCAGCAAGGACAAGAACGGUAUUAUGUCCCCCGGCUUUUCUUCAUAGGCUGGCCUUGCGUGUGGCUGCCGUUUCUUCUGCACUGGCUCGCACUGAAUGCUGACUGCCACUUGUUGAGGAAGAUGCCCAUGGCCGACCCCAUCCAACGCAGCGCUCGGUGUUGUCUGGCUUUUUUAUCUGAACCCUUUCCCUCCCUUCUCUUCCUUCUCUCAUGUUGUGCUUCAUGCUGUGCUCGCUUGUUCGCCUUUCUCUGCCGUAGGUUUGUUCUACACUGAUUCUUCGCGUGUCCUUGUUUUGUGUGUUGCUGAUUGGGUGCAUUGGUUGUUGAAACACGUUGUUGUGAAAAUACAAAGACAAAGACACCGACA